AUGGGUCAUCGAAGUUGCAUUUCGCCCGCUUCACCAAUGCUCUUUGUUUGCUGCUGCUGCCUUCUAUGGCUCUUCCCGAUUCUCGCCGCCGGCAUCACAAGGCACUACAAAUUCGAUAUCAAUUACACGAACCUGACGAGGCUCUGCCACACGAGAAGCGUCAUCACCGUGAACGGGCAGCUCCCUGGACCUCGCCUGAUCGCCAGGGAAGGCGACCGGGUGAUCGUUAAGGUCGUCAACCACGUUUCCAACAACAUCAGUAUUCACUGGCAUGGGAUAAGGCAGCUGACGACCGGUUGGUCCGACGGGCCGGCUUACAUAACCCAAUGUCCGAUUCAAACCGGGCAGUCGUACACCUACAACUUCACCAUCACGGGCCAGAGAGGCACACUAUGGUACCAUGCACAUAUCUCCUGGCUGAGGUCCUCUGUUUACGGACCAAUGGUGAUCCUCCCCAGGAAGAAUGAGUCCUUCCCUUUCCCCAAGCCCUACAAGCAGAUUCCCAUCCUUUUUGGGGAAUGGUUCAAUGUGGAUCCUGAAGCUGUCAUUGCUCAAGCUCUUCAGACCGGCGGCGGCCCGAAUGUGUCCGACGCUUACACCAUCAAUGGCCUCCCUGGCCCUCUCUACAAUUGCUCUUCUGCUUCAGAUACAUUCAAGCUGAAAGUGAAGCCGGGAAAGACUUACAUGCUCCGGCUGGUCAACUCUGCACUCAACGACGAGCUCUUCUUCGGCAUCGCCAACCACUCUCUCACCGUCGUCGACGCCGACGCCGUUUACGUAAAACCCUUCGAAACAGAGUGGCUUCUCAUAACUCCAGGGCAAACCACCAACGUACUUCUCAAAACAAAGCCGCAUUCCCCUAACGCCACUUUCCUCAUGGAAGCCAAACCUUACUUCACCGGACAGGGCACCUUCGACAACUCCACCGUCGCCGGGAUCCUCGAAUACGCUCCUGCAAAGAAGAGCACCACCGCUAAACUCCCCGUGAUGAAACCCACUCUGCCUUCGAUCAACGGCAACUUCAGCACCCCUCAGGUGGCCAAUUUCACCGCCAAGUUCCGCAGCCUGGCGAGCCCCAAAUUCCCGGCCAACGUCCCGCAGACCGUGAGCCGGAAAUUCUUCUUCACGGUGGGGCUGGGAACGACGCCGUGCCCGCAGAACACGACGUGUCAGGGGCCGACCAACACCACCAAAUUCGCGGCCUCGAUCAACAACGUCUCUUUUGCUCUGCCUUCCGUGGCGAUGCUGCAAUCGUACUACGCGGGGAAUUCGAUCGGAGUUUUCAGCUCCGAUUUCCCUCAGAACCCGGCGAAUCCUUUUAACUAUACGGGUCCGGCGCCGAACAACACCAACGUCGGGAACGGGACGAAGGCUCUGGUUCUGGCGUUCAAUACGAGCGUGGAGGUGAUUCUGCAGGACACCAGCAUCCUGGGAGCAGAGAGCCACCCGCUCCAUCUCCACGGGUUCAAUUUCUUCGUCGUCGGACAAGGGUUUGGAAACUACGACCAGAACAAAGAUCCGGCGAAGUUCAAUUUGGUGGAUCCGGUGGAGAGGAACACGGUAGGUGUGCCCGCCGGCGGGUGGGUGGCAAUCCGAUUCCUGGCGGAUAAUCCAGGGGUGUGGUUUAUGCAUUGCCAUCUGGAUGUGCAUACGAGCUGGGGGCUGAGAAUGGCGUGGAUAGUAAUGGACGGACCUCUGCCGAACCAGAAGCUGCAACCGCCGCCGGCGGAUCUUCCCCAGUGUUAG